UAUGGUAUCUUACUAUAUACAUAUAGACAGGUGUCGACUACUCUCAGGUUAGUCAACUUAACCCUCUACGAAAAGCAAAAGCUACAACAUGCUAUUAACAGUCCUGUGUUUGACGCUACUGGCUGCUACUGCAACUUCGGCUGAGACUUUCCAAGAUGUCAUUACAAAUAUAAGAAAUACGAUCCAAGGUAUUAAAAGCAGCUGCUUCCAAACCGAAGGUGCGAAUGAAAGCGACCUAGAAAAUAUACUAUCGCAAGGACAAUACAGUACUGGUCGUAACUUAAAAUGCGCCCUGAAGUGCCUUUACGUAUCUACAAAUAUCAUAAGCUCAACCGGAGAAAUUAACGAAGUAAAUAUGAAGUCAAAAACUGGCACUACAAAUGUGAAUAUUCAAAAUGCAGUAGUCGCGAACUGCGCAGGAUUUACCAAUGCCGAUCUCUGUGACAGGGUAUAUGAAAUUAGUAAAUGCACCUACCGUACUAUCCAAAAUGGAUUUUCGGCUGGAUUAGGACACGAUCACUGCGAAUAAUGUCAAAAUGAAAUUUCCUCCUAGCUUCAUAAUUUGGUUUAAGUGGAUCGUACUUAAAAGUACACCCUCUUGAAUAAUUAUUAAAUAUGGUUUAUGUUGUAGUUUUAUUAUAAUUGUUUAAUAUUGUUUCUCUUGUAUAUUUAUUUCUUGUUAUUUUGCAUACAUAUUAUAAGAGCUUAGAGGAAUUUCCCGAAUAAAUAAA